AUGUAUUUUUAUUCCAGAGCAAAAGAUGUUGUUGAAAAAAACAUAGAAUCUGGUUCUGAAGCCGAAGAGCAAGAAGAGGAAUAUUCGGUAGAAAAAAUCAUAGAUAAACGGACUAGAAAUGGUAAGGUGGAAUACUUUCUUAAGUGGAAUGGUUACGAUGAUGUAGAUAAUACAUGGGAGCCAGAAGAAAAUCUUGAUUGCGAAGAGUUAAUUAGAGACUUCGAGGAAAAACUAAAACAAAAAGAAAUGAAGGACAAAAAAAAGAAGGAUCAACCUGAGCGUGGCCGUAAACGUACACUUUCCAAUUCCACUGUUACUAGUUGCGCAUCAUCAGAAGCUGGACCGUCUGGUGGUCCACCAAAAGAACUUAGGAAGACUUCUUCUCCUCAACCAAAGAAAAAGGUUGAAAAGACUAAUAAGUCCGACAAGUCUGACAAGUCUGACUUGACCGAAGAUGAUGAUGAUGACGAUGAAGAUGAACUUGAUGAUGAUGAUGAAGAUGCAGAUGAAGAUGAUGAUAUCGAAGAUUUAACAGAAGAAAAGGAAAAUAAUGAUGUUUCUGCAGCACCUCCAGCAGAGAAAGUGGCAGAAAAAAUUAUUGGUGCGACGGAUUCCAGUGGCUCAUUGAUGUUUUUACUGAAAUGGAAGGGGAUAGAAGAAGCCGAUUUAAUAUCAGCUCAAGAAGCUAAUUUAAUGUGCCCUCAAGUUGUUAUCAAGUUCUAUGAAGAAAGACUCACAUGGCAUGCCCCUGAAAAUAAAAAUGGUGUUUAA